AUGCGAGCUGAGCGGUUGUCGAUCUUUUCCAGCGUGGAGGAGUUGCAGGCAGAGGUGGAAGAUGCUACUACAGAGCUCAAAGAGGCUCAGGCAGUAUCCUCGGGCCGUUUGGCAGUGCGCCGCCAGCUGCAGACGGAGCUGAGUGCUUGUGCAGAGGACUUUAGCAGUGAAGCUGCCUGCCAACGUCGCUCAACCGAUGCGUUGCGAGCCCAGCGCGCUGCGCUGCGCUCCGAGGCUGUGGAGCUUGGUCGAGAGCUGCAGGGUUGCGUGAGCCGUGGAGAUGAGCUGGUCUCUGAGAACUUGCGGCUCCGCACGGAGUCUGCAGCUAUCGAGGAAGCGGAGGAGCGCACUCGUUCAGAGCUUCAGCGGUUCCUUGCUUCGGAAAGCCAACAGCUGCUGGCAGCUGGGCAGCGGUGCAGGCAGCUGUGGCUUGACGGUCUGCCUGCAGCAGAGCCUUCACGACAUGACGCCUUUGUGGAAGGUGUCGACUAUGAAACACGCCUGCAAACCCUGCGCGAGGCUGCAGACCGCAUAUCCUGUUCGAAUGGUGUGAGCAGGAGUUCAAGCCAAAGAUGA